AUGCACAGCGCCCAGAAGCUGAGAGUUAUCCUCUCCGUCGUGUGGUCGUUCGUCUCUACGACGAGUACAAGACUGCAUCGAGACGCUGGUGUUGGUGUUGGUGCUGGUGCUGGCGAGCUUCAGGUAAGCUGUCUUUUUUCUUACUCUUUGCCCGGUUCUCGCUGCAAUCCCGACAUUCAGGCCUCAGCCACGCCCCCAGACAACAAAGAGCCUCCUUUCCCUCCCUCUGUCUCUCUACUGCUCUCUCGCUCCUUCCAUCUCUCGUACUGUCUCUUCUCAAGAGCACGAAGCCUCCGGCUUCAAGACGACAUCCGGCCUCUGCAGACGACUGACUCUGCCACCGCCAGCUUGGCCAGUAUUUUGCCCACAGUCUGGCCGGUGGCGCGGUCCGUUUGCAUCCGAUCUCUUGUCUCUCAUUUCUGCUUUUCUCAGGCUCCCUUGCCUCCGCCUGCCCGGGAUCCUCUUGUACCAACCCUGGCUCUACAAUUUAAAGCACUUACUCUUUUAUUUGGGGUGCGUCUGAUUAUUGAAUGGACUCACUUCUUGGCUCACUGUGGUACAAGAACUGAUGGCUUCCCUACCGAACGUCUGUUUCAGUUUCAUCUCCUCUUCUCAUCCGCAGCCUCAACGGGAUUCGAACAGGGGAUGUGUGGUUCCAAAGACCCUUGGCCUCUUGAGCCCAACUCGCACGACAUGCGUCGCAAAGUCGAUCUCUCUCAACUCAUUUUGUUCGUACGAACCUUUGGUGUAGCGGUUAUAACGAGUUGA